ACACUAUCUCUGGCCCUUACUAUGAAGAAUAUAGCGGAGUCUACCCAUAUCACAGACUUUGUCCACGCUCUGGUAUAGGCCACCUCCACAUUCUAUAUACGGAUCUCACGAGGCACAUAAGAUGGCGACCCAUGUACUAGGAACGAGCUAUCUUUCGGAUUCGGGAGAUCAACGUCAAGCAAGAAGUCUGAGAAGGUCGAUAACUCGAUUACCGGUAACGACUCGUUCUCCGAAAGAGCAUGCUGUAAUUGAGCCAACACGACACAAUGCAACAAGCCCGGAUCUUCGCCAUGUGCCCCAGAGCGAGACAACUUCACGUCGUACAGUCACCAACUCUCGCCUACCAUCCAGAAAUGCUCCGCCAAGCGUUGUACAGGCGCAACCUUCGUCGGCCACUCCAUCAGUACAAAGUGUUUCCAGCAAAGCACGGUCUUCAGAACGCCGAUCAGUCCGACCGCCUCCUUUGAGCACAAAGACACCUUCUUUGGUGUCAGGCUCGACUAUAUCAACACCUGAUAGCCCCCGUUCUGGAUUACGCAGAAAGGCUUCGACUAUCAACCAAUAUGCUCUUCGCGUCAAGACCGACCCAGAGAGCAUGCAAGAACAUCGGAAACUGGUUCAAACAGUGCACAAAGUGCAGUAUGACAACGACCCCUUUCCAGGAGCCAUAUUUGGUAUGACUCUUCCUUCCACAUCUGGACUUUCAUCUACAAGGAACACUAGCCGCAUACCAAGCUCCGAUUCUAGGAUGUCCAAUUCAAGAUCCAAUACGAAAGCUCCACAUCCCCCAAUCGAAUUACAGGCGCCGUUCUCGGAUGGCGCUUCAAGUAGAAAUUCUGACUCGCCAUUCAGUCACCAGUCAACACCAACUUCAGCUUCCUCACACUCUUCGUUAGCUGCAUCUACUCUAGGAUCUGCACGCCAUAGAGAUAGCUUGGAUCUAGCUCGUGCUGCUACAAAGACACAAACACGAAGGGACAUUAAGCCAUCGGUUGCGAUCUCUGGCUCUGCUUUGCGAGUUGAAGCUUUAAGCCCUGAUGCUCCUAGCCUAAGACAUCAAGAGCAGACUAGACAGAAACCCUCUUUUUCCAAUCCAUUCUCGGCCAAGGUUGCACACACACACGACCAAAAAAGUUCUGCUACCAAGUCUUCGACCCGUAAGACAUCUCAAGGUGUGCCUUUUGACGGUAUCCCGCCGGAGUUUGCACACCUUAAUGUGGAUCCACCUGCGGUUUUAUCAAACAACAGAUCAAUGCCUCCUAGGCGACCAAGCAGAGAUGGUAUCGAUGGAUUAGGACUUGCAUCGGACAUCCCUGUGGUACAAAGCAAUCUUUCACACAUUGUCCGAACGCCCUCUCAUGGCCCAGACGCAGCCGACAUGGAAACGCCACCGUUGAGCCCAAGAAGGACUUUUGGAUUCUCUCAUCGAAGCUCUUCUCGUCAGAGUAACAAAUCACAAGGAGUUCCAACAACACCCAGAACACCGACUGAGCGUUCUGAAAUAGGCACUCCUCUCAGUCGCAAAGAUUCGCCGAUGGUUGGUCCGAGUCCCAACACUUCGAGGACUCCUAGGAUAGGGAUACUGUCUAGCCGCCAUAAGGAUUCGUCCACUCCUCCGAUCACGUCAGAUAAGCCAAAGAAAGGACCUGCAGCAGGCACAGGCCACGAGGGCUAUGGCAAGUUCGGUUUCAGGGGAAGAGGAAGCAGCAUUUUUGGUAGAACCAGUCGCUCUUCCAGCAAAGACAGCUCAACAAGUCGCAAAGGACUGUCGUUCUUGAGCAGAAAGAAAAGCGCGACAAGCGAUACUGAGGAUGAUGUGGAUCGAUUCCUGGAAGAGAGAAGAGAGCCGAUCAUUCUCCGUGGAAAUGGAAGCGGGCUGAAGUCUGAAGAGCAUGGAGCUUCUGCGACCGCCAAACCCGAAAAUCUGGAUAAGGCUGGACAUUACGCAAGCUCAGCAGGCUCUAAGACAGUUAUGCCUGCCACCGAGGCUGACAAGCCAUCUCUCUCCGAAUUGGGUCACGAGGGCAAAGAGGGCCAUUGGCUAAGCUCCCCCAGAUCCAGCAAGAGUCCAACACUCAUGCAGCGCUUCAGAUCCAAGGUCACGAAUCAAACCUCGAACGGUGAUUUGGGGUAUCGACAACCUACGAAGUCGCUACAUUUUGGUUCCAUCGAUCAAGCUACAAACAUCGACCUCACAGAUAUCGAGAAGCUCCUCAGUGGUGAUAGUCGUUCUUCUAAAAGUUCGAAGAGUUCUGACACCAGUGGCAAUCCACUAGUGGCUUAUAGUCGAAGACAUGAAGGCCUUCUUCCUACUCCCCCUGCAGCUAUCGCCCCCAAGAGAACGUCUUUUGGAUCUCCAGUCCUUCUUCAGGCGAAGACGAUGACCCAAGUCAACGCUCCUCAGCUUGUGGAAAUUUCCAAGACCCCUGGGUCAUCACAGCAAGAGGAAGUCUCAAAAGCUAGGCUCCGGUCUGUCGGCAGAAUUCCACAAGUUGUACGAGCAGGCCAAAAUUUGAAGGGGCUCCAAGAUGAUGUCACUCCGGAAGACACGUCGAAGGACAUGAUGGUUGAUGAGAGUCAUGAGACGCAAGAGUUCAUCGCUUUUCCCCCUAGAAAGAACUCUGAGUUAUCUUACACUAGCAGCUCCGGCCUCGGAAGUCCUUGUAUCACAAGAUCUUCUUUCGUCGGAGAAGACGAGGUCUGGAAUGAGUACGACAAUCUGUUGGAUGAGGUCUUGCCAGCAAAAGUGAGGGCAUCAACUACUUCGUCUCUCGGUGCACCGUUCCAGUAUGCCGACAUGGUCGACUCUAAAGCCAUCAACCGAAACGAAGACAGUGCACCCAGAAGUACCUCGAAUCCUGAGGCCAGCAAAAGAGGCUCCAAUUUGGAUACCAGUCGCCCAAGCACAACCUUUUCGAUAUCUGAUUAUCUUGACCAAGAGGACGACGUAAAACCUGAAGUACCUAUCUCACCACGCAGAAUUCGAGAAUCUCGAGUCGAUCCUGCUGUUUUCAGUCCACCAACAGCCUCGGCAGAGUUGAGAUUUGCGGCACUCAUGACAAGCAAAUGGCUAUCAUUCGGCCGACUUCUAUUCAGUCCCGCCCAUGAGGAAGCAAUUACUGGCAACCACACCCGAAUUUUGAUUGUUGACGGGCUUGGAAAAGAAUGGUCAUAUAACUGCGCUUUGACCUACCCGAAGUGUCAAUUUUAUAAUCUCGGGCCUGGACCAAAUUCGUCCUCAUGGGAGACGCUCUCAAACCAUCACCAUGUUACUCAUCCGUCAAUCGACACACCCUUCCCAUUCCCCAAUAACUAUUUUUCGGCAGUAGUUUUCCGUUUCCCCAUCGCCGCCGCAGACGACGCCUAUCAAGCAUGCUUCAAUGAGAUCAAACGCACAUUACGCCCGUCAGGAUACCUAGAGAUGUCUGUGCUAGACCUAGAUCUUGUCAACAUGGGUCACACAGCUCGCAAAACCAUUCGCGACCUCAAGAUACGUAUCCAUCAACAUGAUAGCCAGAUCAGUCUCUGGAACCACGGCGAUGCUUUCCUCACGCUCCUCGGCAAACGCAAUUUUGAGAACCUAAGAAAAUGCGUCGUCGAUAUACCAGUAGCUGGGCGCAUACGCAGAAGUCACGAUAGCGGAACCUCGAGCUCAAGUAGCCAGAAGCAAAGACGGUCGGAACAACCAGAGCCUGAAUACCUACGCUUCACAGAGUGGAUGCAGAGCAACAAAAACGACAAGAACAAUGAGGAGGACGAACGCCAUGAGCGACGCAAUGACGAAGAUAUCACGAAAACAGUGGCCAAGAUUGGACGAUGGUGGUACUCCUCCUGCUAUCCCGAUCCUGGUCAGACAACCACAGCAGGGCUUUGGGACACACCUGGCCUACUGCGCGAGUGCGAGCGCCAAAGAACAAGCUUCAGACUGUUGUUCUGUUAUGCACAGAAGCCUGUCUGUGUCAAGAGGCGCACCGCCAGUGUUUGAGGCGAGAACACACAACGUCAAGAUGAAACACAUGAACAGAGAAACGAAUACAUGGAAUGAAAACGCAUAUGAGGAUAAGAUAUAUACGCAUACGAUACAUAUUUAUUGAGAGGCU